GUGGAUGCUCUUCGCUAUAAGCUAACCCAAACUGGCCUCGUCUAUGCUGUAUUGGGCAGUCAGGUUUUUACGAGAUCCUCUAACUUCUCUAACCCCUCCCUCCCUCUUCCCCCCUCUACCCUUUUCCUUCCUUCCUAGCUAUACUACCUUUAAGCUAACUCACAACUCUCCUAGGUUUUUCUUUUCUUUUUGGUUUUUUCCCAAAAACCUCCUCCUUUCAAUACUCAACCCUUCAUCAGCCUCCCUUUCUUUUAAUAUAUUCGUUUAUUUAUUAGACCUUUAACCGGUAUAUUUAUACAAAGAGAAACAAAGAGGGAGUUUUUUAGCUCUCUCAAAAUUCUCUGGCUUAGAUGGUGUUCGUAAUUUUUUGAGUUUUGUCUCUUGAAACAUUUUCUUUCACAAAGAUCAUAAGCUGAGAAAGUUGUGAAAAGAGAGUAAGAAAAAAAAUGUGGGAUCUUAACGACUCUCCUGAUCAGCCAAGGGACGAUGAAUCCGAGGGGUGUUCAUCACAGAAAACUUCCAUAGACGGCGAUGAAGAUAAGGGUAAACGGGUCGGAUCCGUGUCGAAUUCAAGCUCGUCAGCCGUGGUGAUCGAGGAUGGAUCGGAAGAAGAAGACGGGGAGAGACUGAGAGCAGCUCUAAAGAAGAGAAGCAGCCAGAUUUUUGGCUUCUCAGUGCCUCACGAAGAAGAGUCCAUGGAGAGUGACCCGGCUCCUGUGACCCGGCAGUUUUUCCCUCUUGAUCAAGACCCGGGAAUGGGGGCCACUUCUGGCGGAAGUGGACAAGGGUUCCCUCGGGCUCACUGGGUUGGUGUCAAAUUCUGUCAAUCGGAGCCUCUGGCUGCUGGGAAAUCUGUUGAAGUUUCACAGCCGAUGAAGAAAAGCAGGAGAGGACCCAGGUCAAGAAGCUCUCAGUAUAGAGGUGUUACUUUUUACAGAAGAACUGGCAGAUGGGAGUCUCAUAUUUGGGAUUGUGGAAAACAAGUUUAUUUAGGUGGAUUCGACACAGCACAUGCAGCUGCUCGCGCAUAUGAUAGGGCAGCAAUCAAGUUCCGGGGAGUGGAAGCAGAUAUAAAUUUUAGCAUUGAAGAUUAUGAGGAAGACUUGAAGCAGAUGAGUAGCCUAACCAAGGAAGAAUUUGUGCAUGUACUUCGCCGACAAAGCACCGGAUUUCCUAGAGGGAGCUCCAAAUAUAGAGGAGUAACCUUGCACAAGUGUGGAAGAUGGGAAGCUAGAAUGGGCCAAUUUUUAGGCAAAAAGUACGUGUAUUUAGGUUUGUUUGACACCGAGAUUGAAGCAGCAAGGGCUUAUGACAGAGCUGCAAUUAAGUGCAAUGGCAAAGAUGCUGUUACUAACUUUGAUCCCAGCAUUUACGAAAAUGAACUCAACUCUGGUGAAACUUCGGGCAAUGCUGGAGAUCACAACCUUGACUUGAGCUUGGGGAAUUCAACCUCAAAGCAAAACAAUCUGGAAUAUGGUGCUGAUAGGCAAAAUGCUAUGGGAGAUCAGCAUAAUCUGCCACCUGAAGCUGAUUGGCGAUAUCGGGGAUUGAGGCCUAAGCUAAACCUGCAGCAGGAACCUUGUAGAAGUGAUGAUCCUCGUCACAGAAGAUCAGAUGGAUAUAGCGAGGCAGAAACAAUGCAGCUGCUGAGCCAAACCCACAUUCAGUCUCCAGCCUCAGUUAAGUCUAAUGAAAUGCAGAGAUAUGGACAGUUCAGGAGACCUGGAGAGAAUCAUCUGUUUCACAUUCUUCCUCCACACAUUAAUCCAUCAACUUAUCAGAGUCAUUUUCCAAGCAGCAGCAAUGGAAGCCGAGUUGGGAGUGAUCUAUCACUGUCUACUAAUGAUCAACAGUGGCAAUCAGGUCCUCACCAAUUGUUUGCAAAUGCUGCAGCAUCAUCAGGAUUCCCAUCGCAGAUUAGACCUUCCCAAACUUGGCUGCAGAAAAAUGGGUUCCACUCACUCAUGAGACCCUCCUGACCCAUCUAAAAGUAGCCAUAAAAUCUCCGCCACUAAUUAAAAUCUCACCUUGUUGGUUUUGUAAGCAUGUAAAGAUCAAUGCUUUCAGAUUACUCCUUUUUUAUCCCCCACGCCCCCUCUACAACUUUCUUAGAGAGCCAAAAGGAAAAUUUACAAGAAAUUAUUGGAACAAAAAAGAGAAAAAAAACAGCAAAGAAAAGGAAACUCCAGCCCUCUUGGAGUUGUGGGGCAUCGGUCAAACUAACAAACCGACGAAAUCGUUGAACUAGGUAUUUUGAUUUCUGACUAAAACUGCUGAUAUCUUUUAUUGUCUUUAAUACAUCGCUUUGCCGACCUAUACAGUUGGUAUAACAUAUUGUACCCAUUCUCUAUUACUAUAUAAAUAUAAUUUUAGUUUAAUCA